GAUCAUUGUAAUAUCCUCUCCAUGAAGUCGUCACUGGGACAAACCCUCUCUAUUCAAAAUGUCGAAUUACAAAAUUGGUGUGAACUUGAGGGUUACAGAAAACAGCAACCAAGGAGGAAGGAAAUAUAUGGAAGAUAACCAUGCCAUAAGAUUUGUGAAAAAUGACGAAGGAGGGUUUGAAUUCGCUUAUUUUGGAAUUUUUGAUGGUCAUGGCGGCUCCGAAGCGUCAAUGUUUGCUCGUGAUAAUCUCCUUGAUGAAAUUACGAAGUAUGAAAGUUUUUGGAGCGAUAAUGACGAUGAUAUACUGGAGGCAAUUAAAACAGGAUUUAUUGAUGCCCAUCAUGGGAUGUGGAGAGUUGUUGAUAAAUGGCCAAAGACGAUGAGUGGUCUGCCCAGUACAGCAGGUACAACAUGUACCAUAGGUAUCAUUAAGAACUCCAAGCUGUACAUCGGCCAUGUGGGAGACUCUGGCAUUGCGCUUGGCUUCGACGACAGCAAGUGUGAGAAGUUCAUCAGACCGAGGGGAACUAUGCUGACCAUUGACCAUAAGCCAGACAGUCCAGCCGAGAAGAAGAGGAUCGAGGAAUGUGGUGGUCAAGUGGUGGCCAAGUCUGGAGUCCAGCGAGUCGUCUGGAAUAGGCCAAAGGUCAACCACAAAGGACCAAUUAGGCGCAGCACACCAAUCGACAGAAUACCGUUCCUGGCUGUUGCUCGAAGUCUAGGAGAUCUAUGGAGCUACAACUACCUAAAUGAGGAGUUUGUUGUCUCGCCCGAGCCAGAUGUUUCGGUACACCCCCUCGACCCCACACGUGACAAGUGCCUUGUGAUUGGCUCGGACGGCCUGUGGAACAUGAUCUCUGCGGAGGAAGCCAUUUCCGUGGUGGUGGACCUAGAGUACCAGUUUGAGUACAAAGUCAUCCAUGAUCCUCAAGCAUCAGUUUCCUACUGGAUCAAUCCUGCAGAAAAACUGGUGAACCGAGCCCUCAGUAAGUGGCGUGCGCGGUCGAUGAAGGCCGAUAAUACCAGCUGUGUAGUGGUACUCAUCGACUCCCUGGGUCCACGCAAACUGUCCAUACUAAAAAGAAAACGUGAGGAACACUUCAAGAAACUUCGAGAAAUGAAUGUUGUGAACACAGAACUAGGGAGAAAACUGAUUGAAGGUAAUAAGACAGGUAUGCGCACAUCGCCCAGGAAGUCCGGGGAGAGAGAGGAGGCUCCCUGUUCUAUCCCACUUCCUUCAAGUCAAAAAGCUCCUGUAAAGGGAGACAAGUGUCAGGAGUCUGGGGAAAGAUCGUGGAAGGACAUGGCUGAGGGAGUAGGUAUGGCAGUCAAGUCAUUGUUGUCUGAUGACCUGAGUCUUUCAGGAGGUGCCUCCCCCAGUCUGGACGACAGUGUCCAGGCUGGAAGUGUCAACCACAGGGCCACCUUUGAUCCCAGUCCUGUGGGACCCAUUGACCAGGAAAUUGAAGACAGAAUGAACAUGUCGACAAUCUCGCACAACAUGCCUACGGUGGAUGUAUCGCCUACAAAGACUACUGUGGUUAAUACCUCCAACACACAGAGUUCCGAAAACAGAUCUCUUGUCCUUAAAAAGACAUUUCCUGUGAAAUUCUUACCAUGUACGCGUACAAGACAGAGACACUCUUCAUCUGGCAAUUCAGGUACAUCCCACACCAGAACGCCUGAUGCAGCAACAGUGAUGCAGUCAAUACAGAAAUUGCAGAAUACAUGCGACGUUAUGGCUAGAGACAAAAAAUCAGCAAGUGGUGCACUGGUACGUGACAAGCGUGCCAUGUCCAUGCCAGUGUUAAUUGACAGUCAGCUACAGUCUAGUAACAGGCUUGUAGCCGCACGGGACUGUAUAAAGGAAGGGCUUCGUGGUGCAAUGAAGGGCAUUUUUAAUGCUGGCUCAGGCAAUCUGAGGGUGAAAACAAGCUCUGAUCUGAACAAGGCACAUUUAAGACGUCAUUCUCAUAAUCAAGUCCAAUCAGCCAAAGGCCAGUCACUCAGGUCAAGUGGCAAGUCCAAUACCAACAAUUCCUCGCAGGCCCGCCACUUGCCGCAUGCUGCAAACAGUGCUGUGUUGCGGACAGCCACAAGGCUUCGCAGCGGCCUGAGGUUGAAGUCUGGAGGAGUGAACAAAAUUCUGCGAAGUGCAGGACAGGUAGAGAACAAAAAGUAUGUGAAACUGACACGUAUAGCAGGUACCAAGCGAAAGGCUGAUUCCCCAGUUGACAUGGCAACAGUCAAGCGGUUAUGUCGACACUAACAGUGCUAUUGACAUCCCUGUACAUAGGCUAACAUUUAAUUUAUUCAUCAAGUGCAGCUCAGAAUAAUCUGGUCGGCAAUUCCUCUAGCUCAAAAAUUUAGCCAGACUGAAAUGUAAAUCCUCCAUUCCAAAACCUUGAGACUGGAUGCUGUAUCCUAAAUCUUGAACCGUUUUUUUUAGAUAUAAGAUUUUUGAGGAUGCUGUAUCGGAAACUUCAUACAGUUUGUUGGGAUAUUAUCAACAAUGUCUUGGAUAUUUUAUUGACUCGUGGAAUUAGUUUAAGCAAAAAACAACAUCUGAUACACCAUGUAAAUUAUUUUGAACUAUAACUAUUGUGGAAUAUAUUAAAAUCUGUGAUCCUCAUUUCCAAAUUUUUAAAUUUGACCAUAAAUCAUUUUUUUAGAAUUUUUUCAUGAACAACUGAGAAACCAUGCAAUGAUUUUCAAAUUUUAAUCUCGCAUCCUUAUUAUUAAAUGUCUACCUGUCAUUAAUCCAGUUUGAAUUUUUAAACUGAAUGAUAACUGAAUGAUAUUUUAAUUUAAUAUAAAAUUGCCUUCUUUCCUAUGCAAUAAUUAUAACAUAAUGAUAAAUGCACAUAUCCUGUACUGUGAACUUUUAUCAAUAGACAGUUUGGAUAUUUUUAUAUUAAUUUGAAUAAUUUUUAAGUGAAUUUAUUUACGAAUGAUCAUGCUAAUUUUGAUUUUUUUAUGUUAUGUUGAUUUAAUGGUAAAAUCCAGUAUUAAAUGUUCGCUUGAUCAUGGUGGUUCGUCAGCAAUUUGAAUCUAUUUGGGGAUGUUAUGGCCGAUAUUUAUUGGGGAUGUUAUGGCCGGUAAUUUCACACCGAGUAUCCAAGUGAAGAAUUUUAUAGCAAGUUUCUCGGUCCAGGUUUGGUCUGUAAAUGUAACACAUUGUUUUGCUUUAACUUUAGCUGCAGGACUGUAAAUCUUAGUUGAUCAAUUCCUAAAUGUAUCGUGUGUGUGUUAACGACAUCAUUCAACAUGUGGUGUCGGUUCAUGUGUGAUGUUGUUACAGUGUCAUAGCUGAUACAGUGUCGUAGCUGAUACAGUGUCGUAGCUGAUACAGUGUCAUAGCUAGGUUAUAAAGAAAAGUCUAGUACAAAUAUUUUACCUUUAAAUUCUGAAAGGUAACAAUUUAUUUUAGAAAAUAAUGAAGUUUUAAUUAAAUACGAUUAGAUUUUAUUGGUUGUUCAAUAUUUUUUUAAUGUGAGGACAAGACAUACAUACCCUCAAAGCAAGAAACUGUUAACAUUAUGCUCUGUUAUACACAGGAUGAUCUGUAGACAAUGUACAUCACUGUGAUAUUGACCAGUUGGACAUGGGAGGUUAUUAUUGGUUAGAAUGCUUUAUUAAUGAUAAUUUUCAGAGAUUCUGUCCAUGUAUACUAUUGAAUUAAUUAUUUUCUGUUUCUCUUGUGAUGAUUGUUAAAAAUUUCUAUUGUGUUGGCAAUUUUAAAAGUAUGAAAGUAAUGUACUUUUAAAAUUACCAAGUGAUUAUUAAUGAAAUACGUUGUUGUUCACUGUUGAAAAAUUUAUGCAAAUCCUUUGUGGUGUGAUUGAUUAGUUCCUUUGCUAUUAGUUACAUCAACUGUUUUCCAUGGUUUAUCAAUGCAAACUUAAGUACUGUCACAGUGUCUCCAAUUAAAUUACAUUUUUUUCCCAAACAGAAGUGUCUUGUGCAGAUUUCAGAAAGAAAAAGUAAGAAUUAGAAAAACUUUCACUUCAUAUCUCCAAAGAUUUCUAUGACAAAACUUUUUACACUAUUCAGUACUUCAAUAUUCAAGAAGGAUAUCUUAGGAUCAACCAAACUUAGGUGUUGUCCUCUCUGAAAUCAUCGACAGUUUUGUCUAGGCUAUUGCAGAAAUUUUGAUAUUGGGGAUGGGGAAUUAAGAUAUUGGGGAUGGGGAAUUAAGGGACUUUUCGAGACAUUUAUCAAAUAGAACAAUCUACAGUUAGCUUUUGCUCGAGUCUUUGUAAAUAAAUUUAUAUGACAAUUACUUCAGACACAACCACGCAUAUAUUAUCAAUUAUUUAUGGCUCUCAGACCCCACUCCUCCUUAUAUGAACAUUCUACAUUAGUUUAGGAUAGCUAAAGGGAGAUCACUCUAUUCAAAUAAUGCCCAGAGGAAAGAUUUUUCAAAUUAUCCUCGGUAAAGGCUCCAAAUUGCUCUAAAAGUAUUUAUUUCUUUACUAAAAUUGAUUUUACUGUGCAUUCUAUAAAUGUUGGCAAUUUUAUUUUAUAAAAAGUUGGUAUCAAAAUAUUGCAAGUAUUGUUGAAAAAGAAAACAGUAGCCUGAUGCAGACGUUUCUCAGUUUAGGAUUUGAGUUUUGUCUACAUAUGAAUAUUGUUAAAUUUUAUAGACUAUUUAUUUAGAAAUAUAGAUAUUCAAUUGUAUUUAGAAGUGCUACUUAAUUUAAGAUAUAGAUAGGACACUUGCUUUUCAACCUGCACUCUUAUUGGAUGUACUUGGGUGGGAGUUCAUUUUACUUACCAAUAAUUGUAAUUUUGAUGUCUGUAUGUUGAUGUGUUUAUGUAUGCAUUGCUGAUUCUACAGGUUUUCACAGAAAUUCUGUGGCCGAAAAUUUGUAGAUAUUGGCAAGUUUUUAGUUUUUUUUACAGACAUAAAUUCUCAGGGAUAACCCUUUCACUGUUCUGUGUCAAAUGACAAUUCUCAUGUGAGUGUUGAAUAUUUCUUUCUGUGAAUCUGUGUCAUUAUAUGAACAUGUGAAAUAUAGGUUUGAAUUAAAGUUUAAACACUU